AUGUUUGCGCCUCCUGUGCAACGCGUCGCCGCCUGGACCCGACGGUGUACGGCUGAAGCGCUCGCGCUCCACGUCAGGCCUGGGGUCGAGGGCGCGAGAGCCCUUGGCAUCGCGGAGUCGAUCUACUUCUCGUUUCUGUCAGGGCUUGUCCGCCCGCCUCGAGAGUCCGCGAUGGCGGGGGACUUUUCGGGCGCGAUGGAGCCGAGCACUUGCUCUUGGCAUCCAGCCGUGCAUCAAGAUGCAUCGGCUGGCGGUUCGGCUCGCGGCGUCGCGGGGUGGACGAUGACAGACAGCCCCGGUGGGGCAAUCAACGAGGUUGAGGUGGAUGGACAUAUCGGCGAGCGUCGUUGCCAUGCAGACCACAAGCAUUAUCCAGCCCCUUGGUCUGUGAUUAGGGCAGCGGGUUGCCUUUUUGCUGGGGCGGAGCCUCGCGGCAGACACUUGUUUGGCGAGAGCGACGCUGCUGUGGAGGCCAUCAGCACAUUAGGUGCUUGGGCGCAAUUCCGCAGCACAUCCAUGUAUCCGACCGAACUUCCUCGAUGGCGGCAUCGAUGA